AUGUUGAGUCCCAAGAUAAAGCAAGCCAGGAGAGACCGCUCCAAGAGCCUGGUGAUGGGGGACUCUCCUGGGCUGCCCUGCCGGCCUCCCUCCCCCUGCCGACAAGAGCCGGCGCUAAAACGUGGCUGGCUGAAGAAGCAGAGAAGCAUCAUGAAGAACUGGCAGCAGCGCUGGUUCGUCCUUCGUGGCGACCAGCUCCUGUACUAUAAGAAUGAGGAUGAGGUCAAGCCACAGGGGUUCAUCCCUUUGCAAGGCAAUCAGGUGAAUGAAGUGGCCCCCAAUCCUGAGGAGCCAGGGAAGUACCUCUUUGAAAUUUCUGCAGGUGGCACAGCAGGUCGGGAUAAGGUGCCCAUCCACCACGAAGCCUUCUUGUUCAUGGCUAGCUCCCAGAAUGAUAUGGAAGAUUGGGUGAAAGCUAUACGGCGGGUAAUAUGGACACCAUUCACUGGAGGGAUCUUUGGUCAACGCUUGGAAGACACAGUCCAAUACGAAAGGAAGUACGGGAAGCACCUGGCUCCACUUCUGGUGGAGCAAUGUGUGGAUUUUAUCCGGGAGCAUGGGCUCGCUGAGGAAGGACUCUUCCGCAUGCCUGGGCAAGCCAAUUUGGUGAAAGAGCUGCAGGACUCCUUUGACUGUGGGGAGAAGCCUCUGUUUGACAGCAACACUGAUGUCCACACAGUAGCCUCUCUCCUGAAACUUUACCUCAGAGAGCUCCCAGAGCCUGUAAUUCCUUUUGCCAGAUAUGAAGACUUCCUCUCCUGUGGGCAACUGCUUUCCAAGGACAAAGGAGAGGGCACUCAGGAACUGGCAAGGCAUGUGAGAAGUCUUCCACAGGCCAACUACAAUCUCCUCAAGUACAUCUGCAAAUUUCUCGAUGAAGUUCAGUCUCACUCGAGCCAUAACAAGAUGAGUGUCCAGAAUCUUGCCACUGUAUUUGGACCAAAUAUCCUUCGGCCUCAAGUAGAAGAUCCGUUAGCUAUAAUGGAAGGUACUUCCCUGGUCCAGCACUUAAUGACUGCUUUGAUCAGCGAGCAUGGUCAGCUUUUCGGUGCCUCUCUGACGGAGGGCCCCGGCCAGCACCCACAUGGCACAAUAGACCAUCUCUCCAAGGACAGCAGGGAGGACCGCGAGUUAGAAAGCCCCACGGUCAACCCUGUGAGCCAACUCUUCAAGGCAGCAUCUUCUGCAGCUAAGGAGCAGAACAGCAAAGCAGACUGCAGCCUUCCUGCAACGAGCCCCGGCAAGAGAAGGCAAACGUUGCCCGCCUGGAAAUACUCCUUUCGGCAACAGGGGUCCGGGUCGCUCAGUCACAAACUGGGAAGCUCUUUGCUGGAUAGCCCUGGUUUCCCUUCCGGUGGGAACUGGCUCAUGAAUGGACUGUAUUCCCUUCAAGGCCACUGCAGGCCGUCCUCAGGAGGGCGGGCCACAGGUUCGCCUCAGAGACUAUCCACCUACGACAACGUCCCCACUUCCGGCCUCUCUGUCAGCACCCACAGUAGCACCAGUGCCACUUGGUCGAGCUCAUCCUGCGAACUCUCUCUCGCCGUGGAUUCCGUCAGCAGCUGCCCUGCCUGUCGGGCCAGCGACUCCUCGGCCUUGAGCUCUCUUCAGGUGGAGUGGGCCACGGCUAGCUCCUUCCCUCAAAGCGAAGCCUGCUUGGAUAACAGCGGGGAGAGGUCAGGGGCGUCCUGCAGCGGCGACAGUGAUCCAAACAAUGGGGCGUCUGCUUCCAAAGACUCCGCCCACUGCUCUGGAGCCCUGCAGAGUCUUGUCGCAGAGCUGAAGGCAGAGCUGAGCAAACAAAGGAUUGCGUAUGACUACAGUAUCAAAAGGAUUGAAGAAGCAAACACGGAACUGAGGAAGAGGGUGGCAAGAUUAGAAGAAGAGCUCGAUCAAGAAAAGAAGAAAUACACAAUGCUGGCGAUCAAGUUGCGGAACUCAGAGAGGGCUCGGAAUGAUGCAGACAAGAGGAACCACCUCCUGCAAGAAGAGAUGGAAGCUUUCUUCAAAACUCUGGGGGAUUUGACUGCAGAAAGCCAGAUGGCCAGCACCCCAAAAUAAAGAGAGAUUCCAGCCAGCCAGAUUCCUCCUGCCCUGCUCCCAACUUCAAAAUGCCAUGGAUCAAUUUUGCCCGUUUGCUUGCAGUGUUGCGGGAAAACUUUUGCUAAAUUACUGGCUUACAAACAAUACAAAAUGCCAGAGAAGUUGUUAACAGCUGAAGAUAAAUGAUAGAUUGGUGAGGAAGAAGUUGAACCUCUUAUCUGGAAAGCAAGAGGGAUUGUUAUCAUUUCUGGCAGUUUCUUUUUGAUGGCCCAGGGCAAGUGUGAUCCUGUGCAUGGUUGCAAAGUGCUUGAACUCUGCUGAAGAAAUGCACUGCCUUCUCCUGCACGGGAGCACAAAGUUCGGUUUGCAACGUUUAACUGAUCUGCUAAAUUAAAAUGAACCUGCAUAGUCAA